AUGGCAACUGCCGCACCAGUCAAUCCCUCGCGGUUGGCCACAUUAACGCGCCUAAGAUGCGCGAUAUUUCAGACGUCGUAUAACCCGACGUCCAUCCGUACUGGAGCCAAAUACCUCCGCGCGCGUCUCCGCGGUCCCUCUAUGGUCCAAUACUACCCGAAGCCGUUCACAGUCGCCAUGUUUAACCGCAUGCAUGGAGGAGAGUUUAAGAUUGUGGAUGAAAAAGAGGAGAGGCGAGUGGCAGAUGUUGAGGCGAAGAAGAAGAGAGGAAAGGGCGUGCCGAAAAAGGCGAAGAGCAAAGCCGACAGCCGCAGGACACAAAGAAAACGGUAG